AUGUCCAUGCGUAUAUUCGGCAAGAAGGAAAAGAGAAAAUAUUCACAUUUUGUGAAAGACGGGAUCAUAUCGCCUCGAACGAGCAAUCUAAGUGGAGACGACACAUCUGCGGGCGAUUCGGCGCAAGACUGGCUCGUCCGGAUCGAAGGAGCAAUUACGUCUCUGAAGAUUAUAAAAGACGCAAGUGAAGGGAGUGAUUUAUUGUCACCUCUCAAAGCCAUUUGCAGCGGCCUUCUAACACUUCUCGAAAGAGCCAAGACGAUCAAGCGGAAUCAGUUAGCAUGGACAGAUGUCGGCAUGCGAGCGAAGCACCAUCUGGAUACCUUUGAGCGACAACUGGCUCAGUUCGACGAAGGGGAAUCGGAAGAGGUGGAGUCGCCGCUUUUUGUCCCUAUACGGCUGUACUGCGGGGAAUUGUAUGAUAUCCUCACCGCAGUAUCAGACGAGGAGCGUGUAGGUUCUAUUACAUCAAAGAACGAAAAGGUGAAGAUCAGGACCCUUUUCAAGAAGACUAUGACAGCGGAACUCGACGUGGAGAGCAUCAAUGCCUUUGCCAUCCGGUUGGACGAUGCAAUGAACGAGGUCACGCUUGCUCUUUCGCUCUUCACAGCAUUUAAAUCCCAAGAAGUGAACAACACUCUGAGUCAUAUCGACGUCAAACUUGAAUCCCUUCUGCAGAGAGAUACGGUUUCACCUCAUGGCGUUCAACAUCGACGCUGUCUCCCUGGUACUCGAGUGGCUGUCAUCGACGAGGUCCAUACAUGGCGGCAAAGCAAGGAGACUGGUUAUCGCAUCUAUUGUCUCGGAGAUAACGCAGGCGUAGGCAAAUCCACACUAGCAAACGAACUGGCCACCCAGUGGAACGAGAAUAGACUAGCUGUUGUGCGGUUCUUUUUCUCGAAGGGAAACGCUGCCACCUCCACCGCCAGUGAUCUCUGCCUACAUGUUGCAAGGGUCCUAUGGCUUGAAUAUCCAGAGCUCAAAGAGAAUUUGGGAGAUGUCAUUAAUCAUUUGCAUACCAUCGCCACUUUCUCCGUCGCUGAGCAGUGGGACCGUCUUGUUGUCACACCACUCUCGACCUUGAAGCAAGAGGGCAUCGUUGUCAUUGAUGCGCUCGACGAAUGCCAAACAUCGACGAGAGAGUAUCUUCUCUCGUGCCUGAUCGACACAUUCGGCAAGGAUUCGACCAAGCUACCCAACUUCAAACUCUUCAUCACGACGCGUCUCGAGGAGGACAUCAAGGCCGCCUUGGAAGAGGAUUGUGGAAUCAAGUUUGGCGAUAUGCGGUCGGGGGGACACGUAUAUAUGGAGGAUAUCAGCAAGUUUAUUCAUGAGCGGGUAGCCAAGAUCAAUCGUCGUGGCGUGCAGCUCACCUCUGAGCACGAGGGGCAGCUCAUCCGACGCUCGGAAGGUCUCUUCAUCUUUGCUGCGACAGCUUGUGCGUCGCUCGAGAAAAGUUUGGAUCGUCUGGGACAUCUCGAUGCAAUACUCGCACCGAGCGCUCGAAGCUCCCUGGAUACUUUGUAUCUCGAGGUCCUGAAUCGAGCUUUACAAGACGAGAGAGCGACGACUCUCUCCAACGUCAGACUAGUUCUCGGUGCCAUCAUCAUCGCACCAGUUCCCAUCUCGGUGCACCAGCUCGUGGUUCUCUUGCCGGAAGCGAACCAAACCACACCAGUCGAGCAGAUUGUCAGUCGACUUGCAAGUGUCCUCCGCGUCAGUUCUCAAGAUGGAACUGUAUACUUCCUUCACCCGACCUUUCGCGAGUUCCUUCUUGAUAGGAAACGUUCGCAACAUUACGCAGUCAGUUCUAGGACCCUUCACGCCAGGCUGGGAGCAGGCUGCCUUCGCUUGCUUCUACAGAACCUCAGACAAGGUAUCGCCAGAGAUUGGGACGUAGAUCCACAGCAGCGAUCCGAUAUAUUGAAUGGUAUCGCGUAUGCGGCGUCAUUUUGGAUCUUCCACUCAAUGGAGUUUCUCCACCUGCAGCAUGUCCUCGACGACAUGCGUCAUCUGUUCGAGGAGAAGUUACUAGAGUGGAUCGAAGUUGCUAUUACCGUCUCCAACAUUCCUUGGAUCCUUAAAGCCCUCACGGAGCUGCAUAGUGCCAUCGAACGGAAUCUCAAAAUGAAACGUACAUCUCUGCGUCAGGUCGAUCUGCAACGGUGCCAGGAGAUACACAGCUUCAUAAUACGAAAUCAAUCUGUUUUGGUCCACUCUACCGAGGAGAUUCACCGGUCGUGUCUCGCAUUUGUCGCCGAUAGUGGCUUCAUUUGCGAACAAUACCAAAAACCAAAGGCGGCGACAUUGCCCAGAGUUGUCCUCGAUACUGCUCCACCGAGUGGAUCAUACAAGCGACUUCGGAUGCACAAGGGAAGAGUCUCGAAUAUCUUAUUCGGUCACGACGGGACGAGACUUGUAUCUUGCGCCAACGACGGGAACAUCUACGUUUGGGAUAUUAGCACUGGUGGCCUCCUCGGAACGAUGACCAAGAAGGCACCUAUGGUAGCCGUCGAUAAGUAA